UUGUACCCAACUAAAAAGAGAAGCAGCAGUGGCACAUGAUUUGUAUUAGGUCGUUUUCUUUCACUGUCAUUUCCUCCUGUUCACAAAAACAUUGCCCCCUCUCAUGUCCCUUCAACUUCUUUCUUUAUACCAAUCUUCUCUUUAAUCUUCGUUCUUUAUCUAUCUAAUGUACUAUCCACAAUCUACUUACGCCGCCAAACUAUUCCACACCAUAUAACCCUCUUUCAUAUCCUCAUUUUUUCUUUCACAACAUUCUAACUUUUACUAGGAAGCUGUUUAUGUUUUUGUUAAGUGAUAAUCUAGGAUACUUUAAAGUAGCAAUUUUGCUUUUCGUUUGGUUUGGUGGUACUGACCUAACAUUUACAACUAUGCACCUCACUUAACCACACAAUCCAUCCCUUCAUUUUUCUCUCUUUCUCUUCUUAGUCCAUAAAGUUGGAUAGUUUUAUACUCUAUUAUAGCUAUAUACCACAUUAUCUAACACCGAAAAGGAUUGGAUAUUUCAAGCAUAAAGUUUAAAAGAAUAUGCAUUAAUUGGUAGUAUGGUUACAAUGACUAGUUAGGCAAAACAACAUUUAGUGAAAUGAAGUAUGAUAAUAUAUCUCUCUUUUUGUUAUAUUUAAUUUGUCACACUAACUAUAGUAACAGUUGAAGUUGUCAACCAAUGGCAAUGGCGCCCUCAACUCCCUCUAGCGGCUCUGGCAAGAAGGUUAGAAAGCCUUAUACUAUCACCAAGUCUAGGGAGAGCUGGUCUGAGGAGGAGCAUGACAAGUUUCUUGAAGCUCUUCAACUAUUUGACAGAGAUUGGAAGAAAAUUGAGGACUUUGUUGGUUCAAAGACAGUUAUUCAGAUUAGAAGUCAUGCCCAGAAGUACUUUUUGAAAGUUCAGAAGAACGGGACAGUAGCACAUGUUCCUCCUCCUCGUCCUAAGCGUAAAGCUGCUCAUCCUUACCCACAAAAGGAAUCCAAAAAUGUUCUGGUGCCAUUACCAGCUUCCCUGGCAUAUGUUUCUCCCACGUGGGAUGAAAAUUUCUUGCUCAUGAAUUCUGGAUCCAACAGAUCACUGCCCUAUCUGGAUGAACUCACCAAUCUUCAUGGAGAUGAAGCUGAUAUUGGAUCAAAGGGGGUAACAAUAAUUGGCAACAGCUGCGUUAGUGAUGUUGGGAAUUCUACUACAAAGUUGUCUGCUACUGAGAUACCAAAACAAGGGAAACAGACUCAGGUGCUUCAUGGUUUACCAGAUUUUGCUGAAGUUUAUAGCUUCAUUGGAAGUAUUUUUGAUCCAGACACAAAAGGCCAUGUCCAGAAGCUGAAGGAAAUGGAUCCUAUAAAUUUUGAAACUGUUUUGUUGCUGAUGAAAAAUCUCACUCUCAACUUGUCUAGUCCUGACUUUGUGCCCGUUAGGAAUGCCAUGUCAUCAUACGAUGCCAACACGGCAUUACGGCAGGAAUUGAUGUCAAGAAAUAGACAAAGGAUCUAUAAUGUCAAACAGCUCAACAAACAUUAAUUGAACAAUGAUCGAAUUUGAAUGGAAGACUGAAGUUUUUCUCAACCAGCAGCAAUGCAUUCACUCAUUGCGAAGCUUGUCAAUGCAACAAAACCAUCAUCGGCCUUUGUAACCACAGCCAGGAGAGUGAAUGUUAGAAAUGCUACCAAAACCAAAAAGAUAUGGAGGUGCACAGUGUUGCAGUGAUUAUAUUUCCAUUGUUUAAUAAUAUUCAGCUAUUCAAAAUAGAGACAUAACUAUUUAACAUGAUUAUGCAGUAGAAAGUAGAUCACUAAGCUUUUCUAGUUAAAUAAACAGUUUACUGCAUGACAAUGCAUAUGGAGGGAGAGAGUUGAAGAAAAAUGACUUUGCUGUCAUUUUGUCUACUUUUGUAUCAGUAGAAAUUUGCAUAAAGGUACUUUGACUAAUUCCUACUGUAAUAACUUGUCACCAUAACAUUGUGUUUGUUGGGGCAAUGUACGAGAAAGGGAUACAAAACAUUGAUAUGGUUUUAAUCUA